CAGGAUGCGCCUGGCCAGCGGCGGGGGAUGUGUAUCGACCCCGUCGCCCUAACCUCGGGGAGCGAACAGUGACAUGAACAUUAACUUUCGGAGGUCCGUGUGGCUUUCUCGGAGCGGAGCGCGCCAGGGGCGGCGCCGGAGGCGCCGCCAAGGGGGCCCAGCGCCGAUCCGAGGAGUCCGCGCGGACCCCCGAAUGAUUAUGUUUAUGCUUUUCUUUGUCCUUCUGAUACCGAUGCACGUGGACCGGGCCACCUUCGACGACGUCAUCGUCGGCUUCAGCCUCGGAGCCGCCGCGGUGAUGGACCUCGAGCCCGUCGACGCGCGUAGGCUCGCAGAGUGCCCGCGGCGCUCGGUGCUCCUGGAGGGCGGCUCGGCGUACGUGCUGUCGGGAGAGGCGCGCUGGCGCUGGCGCCACGGCAUCGAAGCUGGGCCGCACUGGAGCCCGCAGGACGGGUCGCCGCUGCCGCCCGGCCGCCGCGUCUCGGUGACGCUUCGCCGCCUGCGCUGGCGGAGGGCGGAGGCGCCAGGCCACCGGGAGCCCGCGCCGCGCUUGGAGCGCCAGGUGGGGCGGCCGCCUGCGCAGGUGUUCAGGGCGAAGCGCAUGCCGCCCGCUGCCGAUGGCGCGGCGGCUCGCUGAGGCUGGCUCCUCCAAGGGCGGCCGCGCGGCGGGGGCGCGGCGCAAGGGGC